UGCCAACUUCAGAGCGCUAUAGAAAUUGCAACGGGCACAGUACCACAAGCUAGCUGUUGAUCGAGCACAGCAGCCGCCAUGGCUCCAGUGCUAGAGCACCUCUUCGAGCACGCAUCUCCACAGUCCCUAGCCCUCGUCUUCCUCCUCUUCGUCGUCGCCGUUCGCCUGGCUACGCCAAAGUCCAGGUCCGAGAAGCUGCUCAGCAAGCUCCCAUCGCCUCCGUUCAAGCUCCCGAUCAUCGGCCACCUCCACCUCAUCGGAUCCCUUCCCCACCACUCCCUCCGCGACCUCGCAAAGAGGCAUGGCCCCGACGUGCUGCUCCUCCGCCUCGGCGCCGUGCCAACGCUCGUCGUCUCCUCCCCCGGCGCCGCCAAGGCCGUCCUGCGCACGCACGACCACGUCUUCGCCUCCCGGCCGCGCUCCGCGGUGGCCGACGUCCUGUUCUACGGCUGCACCGACGUCGGCUUCGCCCCCUACGGUGAGUACUGGCGCCAGGCCAAGAAGGUGAUCACCACCCACCUCCUUACCGCGGCGAAGGUCCGGUCCAACCGCGCCGCCCGCGAGCACGAGGUCCAGCUGGUUUUGGCAAAGGUGACGGCCGCCGCCACCAUGGGCAUGGCGGUCGACGUCAGCGAGCUCUUCAGCUUCUUCGCCAACGACAUCGUGUGCCAGGCCGUGACGGGCAGGCUCCCCAGGGAACAAGGCCGGAACCAGCUGUUCCGGGAGCUGCUGGAGACGAACGCCAAGCUCCUGGGGGGAUUCAACCUGGACGACUACUUCCCGAGCUUGGCGAGGUUCGACAUGGUGUCGGCCAAGGCCGUGAAGCACAGGAAGAUAUGGGAUGACCUCUUGGACAGCCUCAUCGACAAGCACAAGAGCAAGACGGUCGUCGAUGGUGAGGACGAGGAGGACUUCAUCGACGUGCUGCUUGCCGUUCAACAAGAGUACGGCCUGACCACAGACAACGUCAAGGCGAUACUGAUGGACAUGUUUGAAGCCGGGACGGACACAACCUACAUAGCCCUAGACUACGCCAUGGCCGAGCUGAUGCGUAAUCCCAAGGCGAUGACCAAGCUUCAAGCCGAGGUGAGGGGGUGUGCAGCAUCCAAGGGGAAGAAGAAGGAACUGGUCACCGAACACGACCUGAGCAGCGGCAUGAGCUACCUCAAGGCCGUGAUGAGAGAGUCGAUGCGGCUGCACGUGCCGGGGGCUCUUCUGAUACCCCACCUGGCCAUGGCCGAAUGCGACGUGGAGGGCUACACCAUACCCUCUGGGACGCGUGUGAUCGUCAACGCGUGGGCUCUCGGCAGGGACGCCACCACCUGGGAGAGUGCAGAGGAGUUCAUGCCGGAGCGGUUCAUGGAGGAAGCCGUGGAUGCUGCCUCCGACUUCCUGGGGAACGACUUCCGUUUCCUGCCGUUUGGGUCCGGGCGAAGGAUGUGCCCGGGUGUGAACUUCACCACCGCCUCCUUCGAGAUCAUCCUUGCUAACCUCAUCUACCACUUCAACUGGGAGCUUCCGCCGGGGUCGGCAGGCAUCGACAUGGCAGAGUCGUAUGGGUUGGAUGUGCACAGGAAGGAGAAGCUUCUUCUUAUCCCUCGCAUGGCUCAGGAUGUCUAGAUUUCUGAAUUAUUGUAUUGCAUUUAAAACCUGUUUGCAAAUAAAUAUAGUGUUGGUGCUUUUUCUAGCCAACACACGAAUACUCUAGAUCACGCGCGGGUCACGAACAGACCGAAUAAACAUAGCUAAGUCAAGCAGCUCAGCUGGUAUGUACAACAAGCACUGUUAGCUUUCAGUUAUUCAUUCAGGUCGUAUGGCA